AUGCCUCGGAAACCUGCGCCGCAGCCGCUCGCUCUGGAGCACUCCGCCGUGCGCUCCAUCAGCAGCGACUCUCGCCCCGUGCCCGUGACCGAAACUGUUUCCAACCCCAAUUCAGCAUCCGACCAAGCAUCUCCCCGAUCCCCGCGAUCGCCUGUCCGUCGUGGCCAGAAAACUCCAGAUUCUACCGAAGAAGCGCCCCUGCAGCUUGCCAACGUCCUGCAUCAGUCAGAAACUUCGCCGCGAGAAAACCAGCGCCCGUAUCAACAGCAGCAGCAACAACAGCCGUCCCCAUCGCACAAGCCGGACCAGCUAUUCCACCAGCAGCAUCAGCAGCAGAAUCAGAUUGAGAGCCAACAGCAGCCAGAGCAACGCUCGCUGACUACUCCGCGAGGUCGCCCGCCCGGCCAACACCACCUGGGCCACAAAUCGCGGCACGACGAGGACAAAACGUCCAAGUCAGGCUUCUUUUUCAGCUUUGGAAAGUCUUCUAAGUCGUCAGACCGUGCCGCAGCCCAUCAGCAUACGAACUCUCGCGCCGACAUCAUGUCCAAAGACGCAGAUCGCCCAUCGCUCGCGAAGCAGAGCACUAAGGUCUCAGAUUCAGAGGUCCCAAGUCAGAGAUCGAAUACUCCUGGGCCGUCUCGGUCUGAAUUGUCUCUGGCUUCUUCGUCUACAGACAACACCGAUCUCCCCUCGAACCAUUCUGGUACCACAAAGAAAUCCAAGUCCAAACCGUUCAACUUGCUCAGCCGUUCGAGGUCAAUCAACAAAGAGAAAGACGGCAAAGAUGCCCCGAGUCCCAAAGAACAGCCUGAAGCGCCGACAAAAGGCUCCGAAUCCGACCGACUGCAGACAUCGGCAGCCCUAAAGACUGCACCACUUCAGACACAUGACCGUUCCUUUAGAGAAAUGAUGUCAUCGGCCGUUCGGCACCACUCUGCCGAUCGGUCUCAGGGCAGGGAUGGUGGGAAAGGAAGGGACAAGGAUCAAGAGAAGGAGCACAAAGACAAGAGUUUACAGAAAGAAGGAGUAGGCUCGUUCUUGAGCAGCAUUAAGCACAGCAAGGCGGCGAACUUUGUGAGUAGCAGGUUAUUCGGUACCAGUCUGACUCGUGAGCCGGCCCCGCCAAAGGAGCCAGAGGUAGAUGAUGAGCACUACGUGUUAAAGGUCAUCAACCUGCCUCUGGUCGAGCAAACACGCCUGACCCGGAUAUCCAAGCGACUUGAACAUUCGCGCGAUAAAACCGAGUUCUGGAUGCCAGCAUUCCCAUGGAGGGCCAUUGACUACCUGAACUACAAGGGGACGGACGUCGAAGGGCUGUACCGCGUGCCCGGGAGCGGGCCCCAGAUCAAGAAGUGGCAACGGAAGUUUGAUGAGGAGCUAGAUGUCGACUUGUUCGAACAGCCCGAUCUGUAUGACAUCAACAUCAUCGGUUCCAUGUUGAAGGCUUGGCUGCGAGAGCUCCCUGAUGAAAUCUUCCCCAAGGAGGCCCAAGAGAGAAUCGCAAGAGAAUGCGCCGGAUCCGAAACCGUCCCGGAGUUGCUCGUAGAGGAACUUUCGAACCUACCGCCGUUCAACUACUAUCUGCUGUUCGCCAUUACCUGCCAUCUCAGCUUGCUCCUAGCGCAUUCAGACAAGAACAAGAUGGAUUUCCGCAAUCUGUGCAUCUGCUUCCAGCCGUGCAUGAAAAUCGACUCCUUUUGCUUCAAAUUCCUGGUAUGCAACUGGCGCGAGUGUUGGAAAGGCUGCAAGAACGAGGCAAAGUAUAUCGAAGAGGAGUAUAGAUUGUUCGAACAGCCGCCACCGACGAGGGCAUUAAUUCCGCCGAAGCCAGAUGGUGAGGAAGAGAGGCAACAGCAACAGCCUCAACCAGCCCCGCCGCCGCGACAAGAGGAACGCAACCUUUCCUCGUCUGACAGCGGCCGGAGUGGGAAGAGUGGUAGCUCAGAGGGGAAGGGCAGAUUAAAGAAGAAGCUUUCCGAGGGCGAUGACACGGGCGCGGUGAAGACCACGACCCUGACUAUUGAUCCCGGUCGUGAAAUUACUACCAAGACAGGCGAGCUACGGCCACUCUCGCCAAUUAAGCCGCUGUCGCCGUUGAAUUUUUGA